UAACGGUGGUGCCCAUCAGGCGAUUUCUACGACAGUACUGGUGGAUUGCCCUUCCCGCCGCGCUUAUCAUAUUCGCAAUUCAUAUUAUGAUGUGCUACUGCCGCUACCUCUUCCGACAAUCGCCCAUUAAAUGGAUCCUGUUGGUAAUAUACGUCAUAUGCCAUGCCGUUCUGGUCAGCUGCCUUGCAGUUAAAUUUUCUCCGCUUAUUGUUCUACUCGCCUUUGGAAUUUGUGCCGUCUUAGUCGCAUUCCUUUGUCUCUUCGCAAAAUUCGCACCCUGCGAUUUCACUUCGUGCUACUCAUUUAUUUUCAUUAUUGGUAUCAUCCUAAUAUGUUUAGGCAUAGCAGCCUUCUUUUUCAGACAAGUUUAUAUUGCUUAUAUAGGCUUCGGCGUAUUCGCGUACUCUAUAUUUAUAGUAUAUGAUCUUCAAUUGGUUAUAGGUGGCAAAAUGCACAAACGUCAGUACGACGAGGAUGAUUUCAUUAUUGCUUCUAUGGUCCUUUACCAUGACGUAAUACACCUCUUUAUGUACAUACUAAGACUCGCCGGUUGGAUAGAUGAUGAUGAUGAUGAUGAUGACUAGUAAUUUUGUGAAUUUAAAUUCAAAUUAUUGUGAAACAAAGUAAAAUAGUCUUUUCUAUAAGUGUCAAAUUAUAGGAAGUCAUUAAUGUUAGUUUUUUUCAAAUUUUCCUAUUUCUUAAAUGUAUUCCAAAUUCAGACAAAAAAUAUGUUAAAAUUGUUUUAGUUAAAAAAUUAAAUAAAUAAAAUCUGUAUACUUCCAAGGUCUGAGAACUUGAUCAUCAUUGAAUAGGAAACCAUGUCGUGUUUUGGCAGGGACAGGAGGCUGAGGAGGGAGGAGAAUAAGAUGUUUGACGAUUCGUAUACCCGCAGGAUUUUCAUCAGCAAGGUUCUUAUGAUAGUGGCCAUCAACUUGAUUUUCACCGUAAUGGUAAUGAGUUUCUUUGUUUUCCACAUGGGUGCGAGGAGGUUCUUACUAAGACACUGGUACAUAGGUCUCAUCGCAAUGGCUGUGAUAAUUACAAUCUGCAUUAUGAUGUGCUUUUGCAUCAGCCUCUUUCGUAAGUCCCCCUGGAAAUACAUAUUGCUGGUGAUAUAUGUGAUAGCUCAUGCCGCCUUGGUGUCCUGUUCCGCGGUUCGAUAUCAUCCGAAAUUGGUUUUCAUAGCUGUCGCCGUUUGUGCUGCCAUUGUGGUUUUGCUUGGUCUGUUUGCCAGAUUUGCUCCUUGUGACUUCACCGGCUGCUGGGUCUUUGUUUUUCUGCUGUGUAUAGUAGUACUGAUCAUGGGUAUAGUGGCCAUUUUUAUUCCAAGUUUUCGGAUAGUAUAUGUCUCCUUUGGCGUGCUCUUAUUCUCCAUAUUCAUCGUGAUUGACCUUCAAAUGUUGAUUGGCGGCAAAACGCACAAGAACCAGUUUGACGAAGAGGACUUCAUAUUAGCAGCCAUGUUCCUUUACAGCGACAUUAUAUUCCUCUUUCUAUUUCUAUUGGACCUAAUUGGCCUGAUAGAUUCAUGAUGAAUAAAAUAUAAAUAAAGGUCUAUGUGAGCCGCUUAAGAAUGCUUUUCUUUGCA